GAGCCCAGCAUGGUGAUGGCCGAGCCCCGGCGGCCCCCGGCGCUGCUGCCCCGCGGGCUCGGCCCUGUCCGCGUCGGCUUCUACGACAUCGAGGGCACGCUGGGCAAGGGCAACUUCGCCGUGGUGAAGCUGGCGCGGCACCGCAUCACCCGCAGCGAGGUGGCAAUAAAAAUCAUUGACAAGUCUCAGCUGGAUGCUGUGAAUCUGGAGAAGAUCUACAGGGAAGUGCAGAUAAUGAAGAUGCUGGAUCACCCACACAUCAUAAAGCUCUAUCAGGUGAUGGAGACCAAAAGCAUGUUGUACCUUGUGACAGAAUUUGCCAAAAAUGGAGAAAUUUUUGAUUACCUGGCCAGCCACGGCCGCCUGAGCGAGUCCGAGGCCCGGCGCAAGUUCUGGCAGAUCCUGUCGGCGGUGGAGUAUUGCCAUGGCAGGAAAAUCGUGCACAGGGACCUCAAGGCUGAGAACCUCCUGCUGGACAACAACAUGAACAUCAAAAUAGCAGAUUUUGGCUUUGGGAAUUUCUAUAAGAGUGGUGAACCUCUGACAACGUGGUGUGGGAGCCCCCCCUAUGCUGCCCCAGAAGUCUUUGAAGGCCAGCAGUACGAGGGACCCCAGCUGGAUAUCUGGAGCAUGGGGGUGGUGCUCUAUGUGCUGGUGUGUGGAGCCUUACCCUUUGAUGGACCAACCCUCCCCAUCCUGAGGCAAAGAGUUCUGGAAGGAAGGUUCAGGAUCCCCUAUUUUAUGUCAGAAGAGUGUGAACACCUGAUUAGAAGAAUGCUGGUCCUGGACCCCUCCAAAAGGUUGACUAUUGCUCAGAUUAAGGAGCACAAGUGGAUGCUUGUGGAAGUUCCUGCCCAGAGGCCAAUUCUUUACCCACCAGGAGAGGAGAACGAGCCUUCCCUGGGGGAGUACAACGAGCAGGUCCUGAGGCUGAUGCACAGCCUUGGCAUAGACCAGCAGAAAACUGUGGAGUCCCUGCAGAACAAGAGCUACAACCACUUUGCUGCCAUCUAUUACCUGCUGGUGGAGAGGCUCAAGUCCCACCGGAGCAGCUUCCCAGUGGAGCAGAGGGUGGACGCGCGGCAGCGCCGGCCCAGCACCAUCGCCGAGCAGACCGUGGCCAAGGCCCAGGCUGUGGUACCCUCGGUGAACCUGCACUCACAGAAUGCAAGGCUCUUGCAGUCCCCGGGUCUCCCCUCAGCCUCAGGAGCAGAAGCCUUUUCCUUCCCUCCAUCCAGCUGCCAGGGAGAGGCAGCAUUUAUGGAGGAGGAAAGAGUUGAGACACCAAAGGUCAACGGCUGCCUGCUGGACCCCGUGCCCCCCGUGGUGAUGAGGAAGGGAUGCCAGUCCCUGCCCAGCAGCAUGAUGGAAACGUCCAUUGAUGAAGGGAUAGAGACAGAAGGGGAGGCAGAGGAUGACCCUGCCCAGGCAUUUGCAGCCCUCCAAGCAGCUCGUGUUGGGAAGAGGCGUCACACCCUGGCAGAGGUCACCAACCAGCUGGUGAUGGUGCCAGGCACAGGGAAGGUGUAUUCACUGGAUGAGAACUCCUCCCUGGGCAGCAUCGACUCUGAGUACGACAUGGGAUCCAUCCAGAGGGACAUCAAAUUCCUGGGAGAGACCCCCUCCUUGAAGGAGAUGGUGCUGAGCAACCAGCAGGCCCCUCGGGUGACCCCCCCUUUCAUCGGGCUGAGACCUGCCAACCCAGCCAUGCAGGCCCUGAGCUCCCAAAAAAGGGAGGCCCACAACCGCUCCCCCGUCAGCUUCCGAGAGGGACGGAGGGCCUCCGACACCUCCCUCACACAAGGAAUUGUAGCAUUCAGGCAGCACCUCCAGAACCUGGCACGAACCAAAGGAAUCCUGGAACUGAACAAAGUCCAGCUGCUCUAUGAACAGAUGGGGUCAGAAGAGGAACCUUCCCUGACAUCAGCUGCCACCCAGCUGCAGGAGCUCAUGAACAGCCCUGCACAGGAGGAACCAUCCCAGCAGCAGCAGCAGCAGCAGGAGGCUUCCCCUGCUUUCCCUAAUGGUGCACAUCCCCCAGUGUUGUCCAGAAGGCAGAGCCUGGAAACACAGUACCUGAAACACAGGCUGCAGAAGCCCACUCUGCUCUCAAAAGCUCAGAACACUUGCCAGCUCUACUGCAAGGAACUGCCCCGGAGUCUGGAACAGCAGCUACAGGAGCACAGGUUGCACCAGAAGCGGCUCUUCCUGCAGAAGCAGUCCCAGCUCCAGGCCUACUUCAACCAGAUGCAGAUCGCCGAGAGCUCCUACCCGAGGUCAGCCCAGCUGCCCCUGCCCUGCCAGGAGGAGCCCCAGCAGCCCCAGCAGCAGCAGCAGCCGGCCCAGUUCAGCCUGCAGCAGCCCCUGAGCCCCGUGCUGGAGCCCUCCCAGGAACAGAUGCAAUACGACCCCUUCCUCAGCCAGUACCAGAAGGUCCCGCUGGACCCGCUGCCCUCCCAGCUCAGCAGCUCCUCCAGGCUGUCCUCGCCCGUGCAGGUGCAGCAGCAGCCACCACAGCCCUUACAAUAUUCCUACCAGACUUGUGACUUGCCCGUGGUCCCCUCCUCCGAGCCAGACUACCCCGAGCAGUGCCAGUACCCCCUGGACCCGGCCCCCCAGAGCAGUGUAGCAUUGCCUGACAGCCAGGGCAGCUCUGCCUCCCCCGAGCCCCAGCCCAGCUACGACCCCCUGACCCUGGCAGAGCUGCCUGGACUCUUUGAUUGUGAAAUGAUGGAGACUGUGGACCCCCAGCACAGUGGCUACGUCCUGGUGAAUUAGUGCCGCCGACGCGCGAGACGGGACGAGUGGGAGAGAAGCAUGUGAAUUUUUUGGUUUUUUUUUUUUGUUUUUUUUUGUUCCUACCCCAGAAUUCGUGGUAAUUUUUUUAAACCCUUGAAUUAGCAGGGGAACUAAAAAAAAAAAAUCCACCUGGCUGGAGAAAAAAAAAAAAAAAGAAAAAAAAAGGAAAAAGCCGAGGUGGCAAGAGGUGUUUGGCCACUGGCUCCUCUGGCAAGGAGCAGAGCCUAGAGGACAGGUAGUGCAGCUUCAUCCCACAGAGUCUGCAUAGGAGGCAAAAAAAGGUGAGUUUUAGAGGGAGGAAAUAGCCCCUUCUAAAAAAUUUGGGGAGUUGGUCAGCGUUCAUCCAACAUUCACUUGGAGGAAGGAGAGCGAGCGCGCACUGCAUCAUACUUCUUGGCAAUAAAAGCAAUAGUUUCCAUUGAAAUUCAGGGUAGAUUUGGGUCUGCACUGAUGGCAACGUGAGGUGGAAAUAAGGGAAAGUCGCACUUUGGCAUCCAGCUGCUGGUUAAGCUGCUGAUCUGGAACUGCUCCGUGGUAAGUCCGAGAUCACCGGGCGUCUCAGGCAGCCUCCGCUCCCUCCUGCAAGCAAACAGUGUUUCCCGAGUCUGCCAAGGAGCUCUUCUGCUACAGGAACCUGGAUCUCUGCUCUGGGACACCUUGACUUUGUCAAAAGAUACCUGGAACUCACACAGGGCACCACAGAGGUCCGUGGAGACCUCUGGGUGGGGAUCAGAGUCCUGGCGGAUAAAGGAUUAACUGAGAGAGAGAGAGAAGGUGAGAAGGACCAGGAGAGAAAGCAAGAGCUGCAGCCAGGGGCAUUCAAAAAUCAUAAAAUCCACCUGGGUGGCUUUUGAAAUCACCCCCUUUUUGCAGGCAGGCCUUGAGGAGGGCUCUGUCCUGGAGAAGUUCUGGUGGCUGGAAAGGAUCCAUCUGUCCUUCGGUUGCGUUUGGAAAAACAAGCCAACAAACUGUGUUUUGAAAUUUGCAGUAUGUGUUGCUGGUGGUUUAUUGAGCUUUGUAUAUUUGGACAAUUAUUUAGGGUUUUAGAACUUAAGGGUAAAAACAAUGAGCUAAAAAAAAAAAGAAAAAAAGCAAACAAAAAAAAACACCCCUGUGAAGUGAUAGUGCUGUGCCUUUUUCAGUUCUUUAUCAGCCUAUAUGCUUUUUUCUGAAGAAAGUAGACAAAUACCCCAUUUAUAUCCUUGCUGUGGCCAAAGUCCCUUCAGAGCACACGUUCCACCAUGUGGGACAUGUUUAACUUUCUCAGUGUUUUAAUUGCUCGUGUAUAUAGAACGUUUGAAAGUAUUACAGCAAUAUUUAGCAUCAAACUGUUGAUGUGUCGACCAUUUCAAGGAAACACUCAACUCAACAAGCAGUUGUGUCUCCAGAGCUUUCAGUCACGAAAUCCAAAUCACAGGAGGAUUGCUUGGGGAUCUGCAGAAAGUUGGGAUCUCCACUCUGGGGUUUGUCUCCAACCUUUAAGUAUUGUGGCAGGACAGUGGGUGGACAGUUCAGCCCUUUUCUGAGCAAACAUUAAGCACAAUUGCAGCUUCACUAAAGCACAAAGGACGAGAGAAACUGUGCUGAUCACACACAGAGAGAACAACCAGUGUUUGCUGGAAAGCUUGGUGAGCUAAAGGUCUUUGAUACUGCAAAUCCUGAGGAUGCAGGGAGGUGGAUAAUCAGCAUUCACAGCAAUAAGACCACGUUUAAAUGUGGAAUAGAAGGACUUCAGUCACUGUAUGAGAAGGAGGGAAGGGUUUAACAACUGACAGAAGGCACCUGGCCCCCUGUGUGCUACAGAGAGACAACUCCUGUUGCCUGCUCUGGUGCUGGUCCAGGUGUGCAGCUGGACUCAAUCCUCAGCUUCUACCUCCGAUCCCACGGGGAUUCUCAAGGCAGCAGCAAAGCAGAGCUUAAAAAAACAGGGAUCACAUCCAUACACUACUGCUGGGAUGCAAGGUAAAGAGGGCUUAGAAAGCUCCACUUUCAAUAGCUGAGGGGGAGGAGGUUUUUAUGGUGUGGUUUCCCUUCCAAAGGGAACUUGUCCAACACAGUCAGUGUGACACCCCUGUGCCACUGGAGUGACUGCCGGGGAGGGAACCAGCCUGGAAAACCUGCAGCAGAGGCAGGAAAAGGGGAAACAGAGAGUCCUGUCCUUUCAUUCCUCCUUCCCCACCCCACAGCAUAACCAGCACGGGCUGGGGUUUCAGUGUCUGUCCCAGCACUGGAGGAACUGAGCAGUGAAAGCUGCCCCCAGGAUCCCUCUGCUCCAGGAGCUGAGGCACUGCCAGAGCUGCAACCACCUCCUUCCCCAUCCAGCUCCAGGAUCCUGCACGUUUCAGGACUCAAAGGAUGAAAAUAAUUCCGUUCUGGAGUCCUGCAGUUCGUUUAUCAGGAUGUGCCAACGAGUCUAAGCUCCUUUGAGCUUUGCAGUGCUGGGCAGGGGGAACCUACAGUAUUUUUUAAUGUAGUUUAGACUGGCUCUUCCCCCUCAGCCAAAAGCAUAUUUAACAUUUCAUGUCAUUUCCUUUAAGCCAAUUAGACUAAAAGGCUUCUAAAGCCUUCUCAUACAGAGAGUAUCCAUUGGGCACCACUUCUUACUCCUUUGAAGUGGCUUUUUUUUGUUCAGAUCUGUCCUGUCUAACAUUAGAGAACUGUGUACACUACUGUUAGAGUAAUUACUAGCUUUAUUAUCUUGUAUUACAGACUCCUUUGAAGAGACUUUGGUGUGAUGUAUAUGGGGUACAAAUUUCAUACGGAGAAAAGUGCAAUAUGUGUGUGUGUGGUAUGUUCUUUAACGUAUUUUUUUAAGGAGUUAGAGGGUUUAGUCUCUGCUUUGGGAUAAAUGCACUAGUUUUGUGAGCUCCAGUUUGGCAAGUUCAUCCGUAGUAUUUACAUGCAACUGAUCUGCUGGACUCUGUAAAGCAGUUACAGUGUAUUAAUACAAAAAUAAAGAAUAUGUGCAUUUCA